AUGGCCUCAGAAGUCAUAGACAAGUUGAAAUGUAUAAACUUAAUAGAGGAGGAGGGGGAAGUUAUCAAAGUCAGGUGGAGACAAUGUGAACAGAUCCUUGAGGAGUAUUCCCUCAGUCAUUUGGGGAAAUUCCAUACAACUCGACCUUUCAACCAACAGGUAGCAAAGAAUUUUCUAAGAUUGGCAUGGAAGUUUGGACCGGAAUUAAAAAUUGUUAAGGUAGGCGAUGGGUUGCUCCAGUUCAAAUUUGCCAUGGAAAGCCAAUUGCAAUGGGUGGUAAACAAUGGACCAUGGAGUUUUGAUAACCAGUUACUCUUACUUCGGAGUGAAGAGGUGGGAACUGAUAUUGGCAAAGGCUUGGGUUGUGUGGUAGAAGUAGACUUAAAAGCGAUAGCCUCAGAUCAGGCUCGGUUGCUUCGAAUUCAUGUAGAGAUCUCGUUGGAUAAACCCAUCCGUAGAGGUAGCAAAGUUCAAGGCUCAGAAGGCAAUACGGUAUGGAUAGCCUUCACAUAUGAGAGAUUGAUUGUUCUAUGCUUCAACUGUGGGAGGUUAGGCCAUAAAGCGAAACAUUGUAGAGAACCAAAGGAUGUGGAUGGGAAUGGGAGUCAGUAUGGAGAUUGGCUUAAAGGAGGCUUUCGGAAACAGAAUAACGGAGAGAAUAAUGAUCACUACAACCCACCCUGA